GUAUGUGUGCGCCUUGGCCAAUGGAACCAGAUCCUCCCUGCAGUGCGUAAGAGCGCGAUUUAGGAUUUAACCAAGUCUUUGCUGCGGGGCUGCCUGCAGUCUUCACCAGAGCCCGACGGCCCGAGAGCCUUUUCAACAAUGCCAGUGUAGUUUCCACACCACUUUGGAGUCAGACCGCCUCGAUUUUUUUCUUCUUCUUCUUCAUCUUUAGUCUUUUGCGAAUCAAAAUAAAACAAAAAAAAACACGCGUUCCCUCUCGAAGUAUGACUGGAGUAUUCGAUCGGAGGAUCCCGAGUGUGAAAUCUGCAGACUUCCAGAGCUCAUUUCAACUCUCCACCAUGCACCAUCCUUCUCAGGAGUCGCCCACUUUACCCGAGUCCACCGCCACGGAUUCUGGCUACUACAGUCCCGCCGGGGGAGUCACGCACGGCUACUGUUCGCCCAGCUCCACCUCGUACGGGAAGCCUCUCAACGCCUACCAGUACCAGUACCCGGGUGUAAAUGGAUCCGCUGGAAAUUACUCGACAAAAUCCUACACCGAUUACAGCUCGUACGCGACGCCCGCUUACCACCAGUAUGCGGGGACUUACAGCAGAGUGCAAGCCCAGCCGAGUCCGCAGGAAAAAGAGAUAAGCGAGCCGGAGGUGAGGAUGGUGAACGGCAAGCCGAAGAAAGUGAGGAAGCCCCGGACGAUCUACUCCAGCUUCCAGCUGGCCGCCCUGCAGAGGCGGUUUCAGAACACGCAGUAUCUGGCGCUGCCGGAGAGAGCGGAGCUGGCCGCCUCGCUGGGACUGACGCAAACACAGGUAAAAAUUUGGUUCCAGAACAGGAGAUCAAAACUGAAAAAGAUCAUGAAAAACGGCGAGCUUCCCCCGGAGCACAGCCCCAGCUCCAGCGACCCUAUGGUGUGCAACUCCCCACAGUCCCCGGCCGUUUGGGACACACAGGGCCCCUCCAGGCCGCAUAGCCUACAGCCGCAGAACAUCAACACGGCGGCCUCUAACUUUUUGGAAAACUCUGGGUCAUGGUACACCUCAGCCGGAAGCGCCAUGGCUGCCCACCUGCAGACCCCUAACUCGAUACAGCACUCGUUGGCUCUUGGAGCGGGGACGUUAUAUUGAAAAAAAAACAAAAAAACAAAAAAAACCUGUUGUUCAUUGCAGAUCUUUUUUUUUCUUCCUUUUUUCUUUUUUUCCUCCUUCUAUGGGACUCGUGUUCAAAAUUCAGAGGAAUAUGCAAUGUAUUUGACAGUCAUAGAAGAAACGUGUAAAAUGUGUAAAUGUGUGCAUGUAAUUUAUUGCAUUUUGAAAGACUAUUAAACGUUUAAAUGGACAAUGGAACUUUGAAACCUCCGGCCUCACUGCAGUCUCUUGUUAUUUUAACCCUCGGUUAUUUACUCUGAAAAUCACGGCAGAGACUCACAGACAUCAAUAACGUUUGGGAGCCUCAGGUGACAGGUUGUAAAUCACAGCGGUUGCCGGAUGAGCUUACUCUAUAAAAUAUCCGAAUUAUAGUUCUCCUUCGCCAGAUUUACCAAGAGUUAUAUUUAUUCUGUGAUUUACGCAUGUCUCAUUUUGUAUUACAUCUACUUUAAAAUGGUGUAGAAGGGGGGCUACACAAAUAUCUGCCUUCUGAAUUUGCCUUUCCUUUAUGCUCAGGCAUUAUUUUUAAUCUACAUUUGGUGAAGACAGCAAAUGUAUCAUUGUAUUAAACAGACCUUUAACUAAUAUGUGUUGGAAAUACCUUACCAGACGAAUCAUUAAAAAUGGAUACCGGCGUUA